GUUCAUUCCUAUGGAGUUGCUCACCCAGCGCAUAUGCCAAAAAAGUUUCUGAUUUCCGCGUUUAUGUCCGGGUUUUGUAGAGCAUGAGCAUGCGCAGUAGUGUUACCCCCCAUGAUGCCUUUCGGCUAUGUGAACGAGCCGUCCGCGUUCUCGACUUGCUUGGCCCGUUAAAAAAUUGUCAAGACUGGCUCAUAUGACUUGACAAAAACAACAAGGUACAAGAGAGAUGCCUACAAUUUAUUUAUAAUCAAAAUAAUAAUCUAAACCAAAUAUAACCUAUAUCUGUAAAGGUGAAUCAGUUGUAAAUGCAGGUGCAUGGAUGUGUGUGAGUGUUGGAUGUGAAACUAAGAACAAAACAAGAUGAGCUGCAGGAUGCCAGGCUGGAAAUGCUGAGAGAGCGAGAGCACGGCUGGACUGCUGGGCUUUAAAGACACAGCCCUGCCUCCUUGGAAACUACACACACCUGCAAUGCAUAGGCUUGAUUGCAUGCCUGAGUAAAACAAAGAGAAAGGGAGAGAGGCACACCUACACAACCCCGCCCACUCAGGGUCGACCCCUGAAGACAGGAACUCAAAAGAGUGACCGUCCCAAACAUGAACUACCACCAAAUAUUUUCAAUAACAAUAAACACAAAUAAUUACCCCCUCUUUUUCUGCAUAUCCUAACCCAAACUCACUCACUUGUCUCAGUACUCUGCAACCUGGUACCGGGAAGCCUAUUUAAGAGACUGAAACAUUGGCUGAGCAGGAGAGAAAUGUAGGGAAAAGUUAAGGGUCAUAACAAAAAACAACAUGAUCAACUGAUCCCCUGAAAAGGUUUUAAUACUUUAAGGCAGAGGUGCCCGCGGCGAGGCAUCUGCCAGGAAAUUGUCAUGCCCUUUAAUGUGACGAAUGUCUACAUCAUAACCCUGUAGAAAUAACGACCAUCUGACGAGUCUCUGGUUUGGGGAUCUAAAGGAACCCAAAAAUGUCAGAGGGUUGUGGUCUGUAUAAACCACCAGGGGUGCCGUUCCAUCAACAUAUACCUCGAAAUGUUCCAGGGCCAAGAUGAGUGUUAAGGAGAAGAACAGAGCAAAGUCUUGACAUUAUCAAACGCCUUCUGACAAUCAGUAGACCUCACAAACUUAACUUUAAACUUAAAUAGUUCAGUUAAUGGAAAUACGACUGUGGAAAAGUUUCUAAAGAAACUUCUGUAAUAGCCAACCAAACCCAGAAAAUGUUGGAGCUCUUUUUAGUGGUAGGUUGGGGAAAUUCAGACACUGCCAGUACUUUCGCCUGCACAGGAACCCUGCCCAACCACACGGCCCAGAUAAGUUACUGUCGCCCGAUCAAACUCACACUUUGCCAGGUUAACGGUUAACUGUGCUUCAGCCAACCUCUCAACCAAUGCUUUUAUUCUCUGUAAAUGAGAAUGCCAAUGAGAAUUGCAGUACCGAGGAUGGUACUGCAAUGUCAUUUGCCAACAAGUAAUCAAUCUCAGCAUUCAAAUGUUUAAGCUUUUAAGGACUUGUGCGGUAAAAUCGCUGUCUAAUUGGCUGAGCUUCACCCACAUCAAUAUCAUGCUCAAUCCAGGUGGUACGGGACAGCACGUCACCAAAAAGCUGUGGAAAUUUUCCAAUCAGUCCCAUCAAUUGGACACGCAGUGACUCAGGCAGAUGAGCAAAUGAAGAGUCCAGGUUGCACAAAGAAUCAUAGUUUUUAAUCUGCCACUCACCAAACUGUCAUCAGGCUCAGGGACGCUGUCCAGUGCUUCUGUUGCACUCCAGGUGUCCACACCGAGCACUGGACCCACGUUACCCUUUACGGCACUGUCACCUUUCAAACACUGAUAAUACAGCUUUAGCAGGUUAACAUGAUACAGAUGAGACUUUCUUCAAUGUUCUUCUGGUGUAGCUAUAAGAUAAUUCAAAGACUUGAAUUUACUUUUUCUAUUACAGUAUAAGGGCCGGAAGAUUUAGCCUGGAAAGGUGAAAUAACCAGCGGCGUCAAAGCCAGGACUCCGAUCCCCAGGACUAAAACCAUGGCGCUCUGUACCCUGGUCAUAAUGAGCUUUCAUUUUGGUCUGAGACUGCCCCAGUUUCUCCUUAGCCAACAUCCCUGCCAUAAAUAAUUUUGAAAAUUCAUUUACAAAGUCGAUCAGAUUUCGUGGAGCUUUGGUGGGAGCCAACCCAAUUUUCAGCCCUGUCAGUGGUCCGCGCACAGAGCGCCAAAAUACCAAGUUGUUCGAGCUAAAGCCCGUACUCUCAUGCACUGCUUCUCUUGCUGCUAACAUUAACCAUGGGAGACCCUCAUCCCAGUCCCGAUCUAACUGUGCAAAAUGCACGCAGCAAUGAUUUAAGCUCCGAUGGAACCUCUCUAACGCGCUUUGGCUUUGCGCAUAAUAUGCAGUGGACCGAUUAUGGCCAACCCCCAGUGUUUUCAAAACCUGAGCAAAAGUGUGAGCAAAAAUUAGAACCCCGAUCACUGUGUAUAACUUUUGGUAUCCCAAACACUGAGAAAGUGAUUUAACAACAGAUUUAGUGGUGAUGGAUCUAAGUGGAUAAGCAGCAGGGUAACUAGGGGUCAUCACAAAAUGUAAAAUAAAACUCCUAAUUGCCUUCAUUUUUUCACAUCUCGUAAGGUUUUCACAUCGUACGCUUCCCUGACAGUAGCGCCCGUUCCCGAGACGCCACAUGACCGCGUUUUGUUGUGUUCAUACACAGAUGUGAUGUCACUCUGAGAAAUGUUUGUAUUUUUUGAGGGGACGGUGCUCUAUCCAGUUCUUAUAAUACAUCCAUGGAUAGUUCACAAAACUGGUUGUCAUGACACAAUUAUGACAGUGUCAUGAAUAACUUCUCAGACCUCAAGUAAAAUGGUACCAUGUCGAUUUGUCAUUAAGAUAUCAUGAAGAAUAGACUGGCUAUCAUGAUACCAUUAUGAUAGUGUAUUGAAUAAAUUCUCGGACCUCAAGUAAAGUGGUACCAUUUUGAUUUGUUAUUAAGAUAUCAUGAAACGUGGCAGAACCAUUUUGGUGUACAUGUAAUUUUACCGUCACAAGCUGUUCAAAACUUUGUCAAGACAAUCGGCCUUAAUAUUUGUUAAGGCUGAAUAUUUUGUCAUUGCAUUGGUAAAAUCAUGACCUAUCUAAACAAACAGUCAGGAGUUGCACAAUAAAUGCACUUUAAUAAAAUCAAACAUAACAUUUUUAAAUGUUUGCCAUAACAGUUUUAUAUGUUUGGGUCUCACAUGCUUGAGUACAGGAGUUGCACAAUAAAUAAGUUUAAUACUUCAAUUACAAAAAAAUGUAACUUGUUCUCGCAACAACCACCACGUUGUAUUAUUGGCUAAUCAAAAAAACAAACAAAAGAAACUCUGCAUGUACCAUGAACAUGAGCUUUAUUGAAAAUAAGGAGAAAUAGCUAGUUUCUAGUGCUAGCUAGCAAACUACGUUUCUUUCAUGUUAACCAAAUGUUAGCAACAGCUAUCUAAAGUUAACACAGGCUGACGUUAAGAACAAGGAAGACCACUGUCGAUGAUAGACUGGGAUUCCAACAGAAAAUACAGUUCCAAUAUGCUUUGCUUAUCAUUAACAUACCUCUCCUUUACUGCAAGCUGCCCUGAACACUGCCCUACACACUGCCCUGCAUGCUGUCAAAACUUCUCUCCCCAUCUGAUUGCGAAACACAACUUCUCUCCUCAACUGAUGGCAAAACAUACAAACGGCUCACCAGAUUAGUCUACUGGUGAUUCUUGGGAUUUCACGUUGGGAUUUACAUUUCUGAAGACAGAAGCAGAAUAAAGAAACACCUCUUAACUGUUAACUGUGACUCUGAACUGUGUGGCUUGCAAAACAUUAGCUAUGGCCCGGUUGAUAUGUUACAUUAUGGGAUCAUUUAUUUUGAUGAAUGAUGAAUAGUUGCUUACAUUAAUCUAGACAAACAUGGUGGCCAUUUAGCCCAAUUAGAGCAACGGUAUGGGAUCUUUUAUGCUUUAUAUAGUUAUUAUAUACAGUACUAUAGAAAAAUUUAAAAACAACUGCAUUAGGCCACUAUGUAGCCAAGUCUUUUAGAAAUAACUGCAUAGAGUUACUACAGACUGGUCUCCAAUUAAUAUAAUUAUCUUGUCUUAAGGUUUGCGGCUAAAAUAACUAGAUAUGAUCUCUGAUGGGAUAGCAGGAAGCUCAAGGACACUGUCCAGGAUGGCCUAAAAACUCAGAGAGGUUGGUGCAUGAUGUAGGCUAAUAUUGCUUCAACGUCACAGUCCACAACUAGGUUUGACAUCACUAUAUUUGCCACAUUGCAAACCAUUCUAAAAAUUACAUUAAAUAAAUGUAAAUCCAUUUCCUGUAUUAAGAUAGGCUACUCGCAAAUAUAGUGCAGUGCAAUAUGAUAUUAUAGGAACAGCUCAUAUAGAAAUUGGAAAUUUAAUAUCUGUCCCAGGAACUAAAGGUUUUCCAUGAAUAGAAGAAAAACACUUGCAUGAGCCAAAACAAUUAGCCAUGAAGGACUAAGAUAUGAGACUGUCCUCAACCUUUCUUUGUUUUUUAGUAUCAUCAUGGCCGAUGUGGUAACACUUGGCGUCAUCCAUGUGGGUUUUUGGUAUGCUUGAGGUGGAUGGUGAAUCCCGAAGAACCAUUUGAAAUUGGUGAAAAAUCGCUCAAGCCAAACCCUGAUACAUCAUAUCCAGAAGCAUGUGAGACCCAAUGCCACCAUCCUCACUGAUGAAUGGCGUGCCUAUAGGGACAAGCUUUACCGGCAUGGAUAUAUACAGUUUACGGUGUGCCACAAACAGAACUUUGCAAAUCAAAACAGUGGUGCUCAUACACAACAGACGCAGGACCAGGCCCACCACAAAGACUGUUAAAAUCUGGCCAGAAGAUGCUCUCUCAAAACUACAAGACUGCUUCAAUAUGACAGAUUGGGAUCUAUUUGAACACAAGGAGCUGGAGAAGCACACUCAAACUGUGCUGGACUAUAGUCAGUUCUGCAUGGGGAACGUGACUGUGGACAAAGCCAUCCGGGUUUUCCCUAACCAGAAAUUCUGGAUGACUAACCAGGUCCGCACACUCCUCAUGGCCCUCAACGCUGCCUUCAGGUCAGGGGACAGAGCACUUUACAGUGCUGCUCGAGCUGACCUGAAGAGAGGAAUUAAGAGAGUUAAAGCGGACCAUAGGUUGUGUAUACAGUCCCAUCUGUCCAGCAACAACACACGGGAGGUAUGGCAGGGAAUACAGGAUAUCACCAACUACAGAGGCUGUGAGGCACCAACAGCAGACCGGAGUGCGAUACUGGCAGAGGAGUUUAACAGCUUCUUUGCUCGGUUUGAAACAUCUCAGCAGCUCUCAUCUGCCCAUGCCCGGCCACAAUCCCCACCCGCCUCCUGCACCACACCACUUACUGUACAAGAGCACAACAUCAGAUGGGUGCUUCUGGCAGUGAACAUCAAGAAGGCUGCUGGCCCAGAUGGAGUACCAGGCAGGGUGCUCAAAGCGUGCGCCAACGAGCUUGCCCCCACCUUCACCAAAAUCUUCAACCUCUCCCUGGCUCAGGCAAUCAUUCCAUCCUGCCUUAAAACCUCAAUAUAAUCCCGGUGCCAAAGAAGUCUCCCACCACCAGCCUGAACGAUUACCGGCCGUUGGCCCUCACUCAGGUGGUCAUGAAGUGCUUAGAGAGACUCGUUCUUCAGUACAUUAAGGACUAUCUCCCCAUGGAUUUUGACCCGCACCAGUUUGCAUACCGUGCAAAGAGAUCCACAGAGGACACCAUUGUCAUAGCCCUUCACUGUGUUGAACCACCUGGAGCAGCAGCAGAGCUAUGUCCGGAUGCUUUGUGGAUUAUAGUUCUGCCUUCAACACAAUAAUCCCUGACAGACUCACUGGUAAACUAGUCACUCUCCGCAUCCCCCCUCUCACCUGUGCAUGCAUUAAGGACUUUCUAACCAACCGUGAGACUUGGCCCCAUCCUCUCCUCCACCCGCACAGUCAGCAUCGGCUCCCUGCAGGGCUGUGUGCUGAGCCCCCUCCUGUACUGCCAAUACACUCACGACUGUAGCCUGGCCCACAAUAGCAACACGAUCAUCAAGUUUGCGGAUGACACUACAGUGGUUAGACACGUAUCCAGAGAUGACGAGGCUGCCUUCAGAGAGGAGGCCCUGAAGCUGGCAGCCUGGAGCUCAGAGAACAACCUCUCUCUGAACACCAAGAAAACCAGAGAGAUCAUCAUCGACUUCAGGAAGCACAGCACCGACCCAGCCCCCCUCUACAACAAUAAUGAACAGGUGGAGAGGGUCCACACCUUUUUGGAGGUGUCUUCAUCUCUGCUGACACCUCCUGGUCGGAGCAUGUCACUAACAUCAUCAAGAAGGCUCAGCAAUGCCUACACUUCCUGAGAGUCCUCAGGAAGCAUAAUCUUAAUUCCAACCAGCUGCUGGCCUUCUACCGUUCAUCUAUUGAGAGCUUGCUGACCUACUGCAUCACAGCAUGGUACGGCAGCUGCACCAUGGCAGACAGGGAGAGGCUGCAGAGAGUUGUGAAGGCAGCUCAAAAGAUCGCUGGCUGCCCUCUCCUAUUCCUGAUGGACAUCUACAUCUCCCGCUGCCUCAAUAGAGCCAAGGCAAUCAGUAAGGACAGCUUCCACCCUGGCUCUGAUCUGUUUGAUCUGCUGCCCUCAAUUUUAUGGUCUGGCAUGAAUGAAACAAAACAGCAAAAGAGAAAUAACACUGCUAAAAAAAAAACACCAAUUUGAUUAAGAAAUGGUGUGUUAUACAAAGUUUUAGUUCUAAUGAUACUUUAAAAGGUCUAUUUAUUAUCAUUACAUUGUAACUAUAUCUAUAAAA